UUAUUUUUUUUUUUUUUCUGGUGCUGGUGUUGCCAUUUUUAUCAGUGGCAUUUUGCCUGAGGUGCACGGGCCUCGCGAUAGUGUUUGCACAAGCGAAGCGUGACGCCGAAUUGAUGCAAAGGUUACACAGACAGGCUACUUGAAGACGCACUGCAGAGGUGCGGGCAGGUUCUGUGAUAACCAUUUCACCCGAUCCAGCCCAUCCACGCCGCCUGCACCCGAAAUCAGCCAUCGCAAGGGGGCCCGGGAGGAGGACGGAUUUCCCCUUUAUUUGACAUCAAACCCUUUGUAUAUUAUUCGGAUUUUUCUUAAAACAGAUAUUGUUACUGGGGAUCCCCGGCCAUGACCGAGCCCGAUCCAAGAAAGUAGCUUGAUGAGUGUCCAAAGUAACAGUGGAAGUGGUGGAAGUUUGGAGGGGACGCCAUCUUGGUCCCAGCUCUCCACGUCCCCAACGCAGGGCUCGGCUUUCCUGCAGAAUAGCACGCCACCUGGCAAGGCUAAAGAAGGUGCCAUGGAUGAGCUCCAUAGCUUGGACCCAAGAAGGCAAGAAUUAUUGGAGGCCAGAUUUACAGGAGGAGUCAGUGGAAGUACUGGCAGUACCGGCAGUUGCAGUGUUGGGGCAAAAGCCUCAACAAACAAUGAAAGCUCAAACCACAGUUUUGGAAGCCUGGGUUCGUUAAGUGACAAAGAAUCAGAGACUCCAGAAAAGAAGCAGUCUGACUCUUCAAGAGGAAGAAAGAGGAAAGCUGAAAAUCAGAAUGAAAGCAGUCAAGGGAAAAAUAAUGGAGGGCGGGGACACAAAAUAAGUGAUUAUUUUGAGUACCAAGCUGGGAAUGGCACUAGUCCUGUCCGAGGCUUACCACCUUCAAUCCGGUCGCCUCAGAACUCACAUUCACAUUCCACACCUUCUUCCUCUGUCCGACAAAACAGCCCAUCUCCCACUGCUUUAAUUUUUGGGGACCAUCUUAUUACUCCAACAAAGCAGUUAUCAUAUAAACUUAUCCAGACGGAUCUUACAGUACAGAAACUUGCUGCCCUAGAAAGUAAUAAAAACCAGGACCUGGAAAAAAAAGAAGGCAGAAUAGAUGAUUUACUCAGGAUAAACUGUGACCUUAGAAGACAGAUAGAUGAACAACAAAAAAUCCUCGAAAAGUACAAGGAGAGGUUAAAUAAAUGCAUCUCAAUGAGUAAGAAGCUGCUUAUUGAAAAGAGCACUCAGGAAAAGUUGGCGAGUAGAGAAAAAAGCAUGCAGGACAGAUUACGACUGGGACACUUCACAACCGUUCGGCAUGGAGCCUCGUUUACAGAACAGUGGACAGAUGGCUUUGCUUUUCAAAAUCUUGUCAAGCAGCAGGAAUGGGUGAAUCAGCAGAGAGAAGAUAUUGAGCGACAAAGAAAGCUAUUGGCCAAGCGAAAACCUCCAACAACAAACAAUUCUCAAACACCCUCUGCAAAUUCUGAGCCAAAGCAAAGGAAAACUAAAGCUGUAAAUGGAGCCGAAAGUGACCCUUUUUUAAAACCUAGUUUACCCCAAUUGUUAACAUUAGCCGAGUACCACGAGCAGGAAGAAAUUUUUAAACUAAGGCUAGGACAUCUGAAAAAGGAAGAAGCUGAAAUCCAGGCAGAGUUGGAACGAUUGGAAAGGGUUCGAAAUCUACACAUACGAGAACUUAAAAGAAUAAAUAAUGAAGAUAAUUCACAAUUUAAAGAUCACCCUACGUUGAAUGAACGAUAUUUAUUACUUCAUCUACUAGGUCGAGGCGGUUUUAGUGAAGUGUACAAGGCUUUUGAUCUUUAUGAACAAAGAUACGCUGCUGUGAAAAUUCAUCAACUUAACAAAAGCUGGCGAGAUGAGAAGAAGGAAAACUACCACAAGCAUGCCUGCAGAGAGUAUAGAAUACACAAAGAACUUGACCAUCCAAGAAUAGUUAAAUUAUAUGAUUACUUUUCAUUGGAUACAGACACGUUUUGUACAGUGCUAGAAUACUGUGAAGGAAUGACCUUGACUUCUAUUUUAAAGCAGCGAAAGUUAAUGACUGAAAAAGAAGCUAGGUCCAAUUGUAAUGCAAAUCGUCAAUGCACUCGUUAUCUCAAUGAGAUCAAACCACCUAUAAUCCAUUAUGAUUUGAAACCGGGAAAUAUCCUUCUUGUUGACGGGACGGCGUGUGGAGAGAUAAAAAUUACAGACUUUGGCUUGUCAAAAAUUAUGGAUGAUGAUAGUUACGGGGUAGAUGGAAUGGACUGGACCUCCCAAGGGGCAGGAACAUACUGGUAUCUUCCCCCUGAAUGUUUUGUGGUGGGUAAGGAACCACCAAAGAUUUCAAAUAAGGUUGAUGUGUGGUCAGUCGGAGUCAUAUUUUUUCAGUGUCUUUAUGGCAGAAAGCCAUUUGGUCACAACCAAUCCCAGCAAGACAUCUUACAGGAAAAUACAAUAUUAAAAGCAACAGACGUUCAGUUUCCUGUGAAGCCAGUUGUAACCAAUGAAGCCAAGGCUUUCAUCAGACGGUGUUUAGCGUACCGCAAAGAAGAUAGGUUUGAUGUCCACCAAUUGGCUAACGAUCCUUACCUACUUCCCCACAUGAGAAGAUCCAACUCUUCAGGAAAUCUACAUAUGUCUGGACUAGUUGCACCUCCAACACCCCCUACUUCAAGUAUCAUUUCAUACUGAUACUUGAACAUAGCCUGGCAUGACUGUACUUUUAAAAAGCUUUCAGGUGCAAAAAAAUUAAAGUUUUUUAACCCCGGAUGAGUUUGAAGGUAUUAGUGUUUUGAAGGUCUUUCUCUGUAGUGUUAUUGAUAUGGUGAGAGAAGAGGAAUGAGACUGUGAAAAAAAUGUACCUAUUGACUCUAAUGUAACAAUACAUUGGCUUCCAUUUAAUAUGUGAUCAACCGGUUUUCACUUUGUGGGUAAGGAUUCAACUGUGUUUUCAGUGCCCAAAGUGGUAAGGAUGAUUACUUUGCAAUAUAUUGCUUGGUGGCCAAUGUUAAAAUGAUUCUGAUUGUUGCACAUUAAACCAGACUUGCUUCUAUGUUCAAGCAAGAGUAAAAUAAUUGUCUUUUUUGGAGGGACAUUGUAAAUAUUAUUUGUAAUACUAAACACAAUUGGUUGAUACUGGAGCGUUUUAGCAUGAAGGGCAUUUUUCAUUAUGUAAUUAAAAAAUAAAUAAAAAGGAAAAUCUAUGAUUAAAAUAUUGACUUUACGUUACAAGGGAACAUGCACUGCCCACAAUCGUCAACACCUGUUUAAUUAAACCAAAGCUAAAUAAGGGUGUUUUCACAAUUUAUUUGAAGAGAAUUCCACUUUUCUUUAUUUAGAUAUAUUCACGUUUCAGAGUAAAGUUGAGUAGAUGAGCCAUUUGUGCUCUUGAUUUUAGUUCUAUAUUGGAUCAUUCCAUCAUGAAAAAUGUAAUUAUUUUGUUGUUUUAUACACAUGGUGUGCAUACAGUAGGUACCAAAAGCAAGCAAGACCUAAUAUAUAAUGUUCUAUGCAGGAUAAUGACAAAUUCCCUUCUAGUCUAAUGUAUAUUGUUGUACAGAUGUCAUUUGUUAAUGUAUUUUCAGCAGCUUUAUUUUUUUUUUUUUCCUGUACAAAUGUUUAAAGUAUGGCUUUUUCUAAUUUGAAUAUUGAAUUAUUUUUUUUUAAGUCUCCUUGAUGGCGCUUUUAUUUGCUGCUAAAUAACAUUGCUCUUAUUUCCGCAAAACAAUAGUCGCCCCAUUUAAUGGAGCAUAUGACUGGUAAAAACCUGGACUAUUCAUUAACAAUCAAGCAUGUCUGACGCAUCUGUAAAACAGUACUGUACGCCUGUUUAUUAUGCUCUGUUAUUGGGGCAUGUUAAUGAUAGUAAGGAUUUUUUUUUGGUUAUUUUACUUAUUUGAAAGGUUGUAUAAUACAUAAAAAAAAUACUAUAUUUCUCUUGGCUUAACAUGGUGUUAGAAUGAGCCCCUUUUCUAACAGCCUUGUUAGCUAGAAACUAUUUUCUAGGAUGCUGAUUUUCUUUACUCUACAGAUGAAAGGAGACCCUUCAAUCGCAGAAUACGCAACCAUGCACUGUUGCAAGAAGUUGCUCUUUUUCUGUAGCAUUAAAUGGAGUAUUCCUUAAACUGUCAUUCAUAAUGUAUAAAAAAAUAAAAACAAAAAAAAAUUGUAAUUUUGUUCAUGUUACAAAAGGGGAGGAUGUAUUAACACAGGUUACCAUUUGAUAUUGUACAGUUAACUGUGGCUCUUGUUUAUGAUGUUGCAAGCUAUUUCAUUUUUUCAUUGUACAUAAAUAUACAUUAACUGUCUCUUUACGAUGCUGCUGAAAUUGUAGAGAAUGUAGCCAAAACAGUAAUAAACAAUGAAAGUUGAAAUUUCAAA